AUGGCGAUGAUGCUUCGUGUCCUUUCUCUCGCGUUUGUUCUUGUGUGCGUUCGGAGCUCCGUAGCUGCGAGUCCGCCGGAGGUUUCAUCGCCUGCUCCUGCUCCGGCGCCGGAGAAUGGAUAUAACUCGAUUUCUCUGACUCCGGCUUCCGUUCCUGCUCCCUCUCCCGCGGAGAGCAUCGCUCUCUCGCCUUCAUUAAUCGGUGCGGUUUCCCCAACUCCGACUCCCGCUCCUGCUCCCUCGCCUGAAUCCGGUGACGUUUCUGCUCCGUCUCCGUCUCCAUCUCCUUCUCCUUCUCCGUCUCCUAUCGCUCUGUCCGGUCAUUUUUCUCUUCCUCCAACUCCGGCGAAUGCUCCUCAGAUGCCGAGUGAUUUACCUCAGGACGCCGAUGAUUCUGACGGCGGAAUGAGCGGCGGGAAGAAGGUCGGCAUAGCGUUCGGAGUCGUUUCCGGCGCGUGUCUGGUGGGGUUGGCCGCGAAGGUUUACAAAAAGCGGCAGGAGAACAUCCGUCGAGCACAAUUCGGAUACUACGGCAAUGACGACAUGCUCUAA